UUUAAGGCCUCAGGUCCUCACUCAGUGCCUUCCAGACCUGGGCAGCUCACAGGCUCUGCAGGGCUCUAGGCUGCAACUGGAUCCUCUCUCCCUCACACCCAGCCAUGUCGUCCUGUCGCCGUGUGGCGCUGGUGACAGGAGCCAACAAGGGCAUCGGCUUCGCUGUCACCCGCGAGCUCUGCAGGCGCUUCUCUGGGGACGUGGUGCUCACUGCGCGGGACGAGGCGCGGGGCCGGGCGGCGGUGCAGCAGCUGCAGGCGGAGGGCCUGAGCCCGCGCUUCCACCUGCUGGACAUCGACGACCUGCAGAGCAUCCGGGCUGUGGGCGACUUCCUGCGCAGGGAGUAUGGGGGGCUGGACGUGCUGGUCAACAACGCGGGCAUCUUCUUUAAUAAAGGGGAUCCCACACCCUUUCACCUUGUAGCAGAAGCGACAAUGAAAACAAACUUUUUUGGUACACUGAAUGUCUGCAAGGAGCUGCUUCCUCUAAUGAGGCCCCAAGGCAGAGUGGUGAAUGUGUCAAGCAUGUCGAGUUCCAUGGCCCUUAAAGGCUGCAGCCCAGAGCUGCAGCAGAAACUGCAAAGUGAGACCAUCACAGAGGAAGAGCUGGUGAAGUUCAUCAACAAGUUCAUGGAAGACAUGAAGAAUGAAGGGCAUGAGAAGGAAGGCUGGCAAAACAACGCGUAUGGGGUGUCCAAGAUCGGCGUCACAGUCCUGUCCAGAAUCCAAGCCAGGAAACUAAGUGAGGAGAGGAGAGGGGACAGGAUCCUGCUGAACGCCUGUUGCCCAGGGUGGGUGAGAACUGACAUGGGGGGACAUUCAGCCCCCAAAAGUCCAGAAGAGGGAGCAGAAACCCUUGUGUACUUGGCCCUUCUGCCCCCAGAUGCCGAGGGGCCUCAUGGACAGUUUGUUCAGGAGAAAAAUGUUCUACAAUAG